AUGUACAUGUUUGGCGGGAUAUACGCUGAUUUAGACACUGAGUGUCUGCGUCCUACAUUCGAUGCGCUAAGAUCAAACAAUAUUUCGCUGCCUGGCAAGUCGGAGAAUGAAUUUACGGAUGAAAGCCCCAUGAGCCACGUCGCCAUGUUCGGUCGCAUGGGCUCUGAUCAAACUUUUGAUCACCAUCUGCCAAACGCGUGGAUGGCAGCUUCGAUCCGACAUCCUUUCUUUCUUUUGCCGUUGGAAUUUGCAAAAGCCGAGAUACAAAAGAGUAAACAGCAGCUGACCGGGCCUAUUGCACUGGCAAAAAACAUUCGGCGAUAUCAAGUCUGUGGCGAUACGCUGGAUAGCAUAAUCUUAUUACCUGAUGGUCUGAUAUACCCCUUCAAUUGGAAUGAAGGCCAGGAGAUACGGUCAAUUUGCUCAGCCGAGAAAGACUCCUUUAAUGAGAGCAGGUGUAAAGAGACGUUAGGUGUUGGCGUAAAAGGCAGCAUAUCCAUAACAUAUUGGAGCCACACUCACAGAGGCAAGGGUUCAGAUGACGAAAACAUAGAUCGCAUUAGCCAAGAGAAAUAA